GUCACAUGCUGGCUGGUGGGGGAGGAGCCGGUGAGGGAGCCUGCACUGCAAGAGAUUGAGAAGCAACAGCGGUCGGGGAACACGGAGCCGGCGAGGAUCUCACCUGGAAUGAGGAGGUAUCUGCAGCAGACCCCCGAGGUGACGCUGCCAUGGAGCAGUUUCACGAGCUAAACUGCUGUGUAGCCUGAGAGACAGACUAAGAGGCUGGCAUAGAGUGUGAUACCUUAUACCCAGGACUGCUGCGUACUCUCUGGUGACUGAAGAGGGAGUCAUUUUAUAAAUAUAUAUUUUUUAUACUUUUCUUUGCUGCUGCUAUUUGGACACACAAUAUUUGGAUGCUUCUGAAGAGCUGACAAGGGAUAUAUUAUAAAAUAUAGAUAUUUUUUUGCUACAAACCCAAGAUGGAUUUAUGGUCCCGGACCGUUGUUUGGAUUUUAUGCACAUCAUUUUUACAGCAGGGACAAGCUGACAAACCUACAGGAGCCCCCCCAGAGACGUCUUUAAAAGAAGAGUUCUGCCGCAUCGACAUCCUCCUCUGCAACCAUGACGACGAGCUUCUCAGCUUCGAGGCCGUGAUGAGCAUUCACAAGCAAAUGGAUGAUGAUGCCAACGGUAACGUGGAUGUUGAGGAGAGCGACGAGUUUCUGAGGGAAGACCUGAAUUACCACGACCCAACAGUGAAGCACAGCACCUUCCACGGAGAGGACAAGCUGAUCAGUGUGGCAGAUCUCUGGAACGCCUGGAAAGUCUCAGACGUGUAUAACUGGACGGUGGAUGAGGUGGUGCAGUGGCUGAUCACGUACGUGGAGCUGCCCCAGUAUGAAGAGACGUUUAGAAAGCUGCAGCUCAGCGGGCGGGACAUGCCCAGGCUGGCAAUAACAAACGCCACGAUGACUGGGACCCUCCUUAAAAUGAGCGACAGGAGUCAGAGGCAGAAGCUGCAGCUCAAAGCUCUGGACACUGUGCUGUUUGGACCACCCCUGUUGACCCGCCACAAUCAUCUCAAAGACUUCAUGCUGGUUGUAUCAAUCGUCAUCGGGGUGGGAGGCUGCUGGUUUGCCUACAUCCAAAACCGCUACUCAAAGGAACAUAUGAAGAAAAUGAUGAAAGACCUGGAGGGGUUGCACCAUGCUGAGCAGUCUCUCCAUGACUUACAAGAAAGACUACAGAAGGCCCAAGAGGAACAUCGUACAGUAGAGGUGGAAAAAGUGCAUCUGGAAAAGAAGUUGCAGAACGAGAUCAGCCUGGCAAAGCAGGAGGCACAGAGACUGCGUGAGCUGAGAGAGGGCACAGAGAACGAGCUAAGUCGUCAGAAGUAUGCAGAGCAAGAGCUGGAUCAGGUGCGCAUGGCUCUGAGAAACGCAGAGAAGGAGCUGGAGACUCACAGUGAAUGGUCCCCUCCAGAUGCUCUUCAGAAGUGGCUACAGCUGACUCAUGAGGUUGAGGUUCAGUACUACAAUAUAAAGAAGCAAAACGCAGAGAAGCAGCUCUUGAUUGCCAAGGAAGGGGCAGAAAAAAUCAAGAAGAAGAGGAAUACGUUAUUUGGGACGUUUCACGUAGCGCACAGCUCCUCUUUAGAUGAUGUGGAUCAUAAAAUCCUUACUGCAAAACAGGCACUCAGUGAGGUGACAGCUGCCCUACGUGAGCGCCUACAUCGCUGGCAUCAGAUUGAGAUGCUUUGUGGAUUCCAGAUUGUCAACAACCCCGGCUUCCACUCUCUGCUGCAAGCCCUAAACAUAGAUCCCGGCUUGAUGGGGGGAUCCCGGCAUGCACCUACCCACUUCAUCAUGACAGAUGAUGUUGAUGAUUUAGAUGAAGAUAUUUCGUCCCCCAUCACCAUGCAAUACGCCGCCUGGCUUAUGGGACGCAGGUUCAGUGACCGUCCAUCUACCUACUCAGAGGAUUCCUCCCUCUGGAAGUUUAAUGCACCCAACUUGAGCUCCCUACGCCAGCGGCACAUGGAAUCUCAGCAUGCCCUGGGAUCACAGAGGUUGGUAGAAGGUUAUGUGGUGAGCCAGAGUGAGUCCACCCCACCUGUUCCUUACCGUGCCAGUAAAGUCUCACUCCACCGAAUGCGUAGCCUCUCUCAUGGGCAGUCUUUCAGCUCUGAUGUUCAUCCUUGCAACACCUCUACCUCUGCAUCUUCCACUCCAAAUCCCCCAUUUCCUGCACCCCUGCCACCUCCUCCUGGCUCUCUUGCCCAUCCUGUUUAUUUCCACCAGUCUACCACUUACUAUCUGCAGAUGGACUCCAUUCCUGAUCUGCCCCCUCCUGACGUCACCUCUGGGAUCCUCUGUGCCUCUCCCAGUGUUGGGGACUUGAGUCGUUCAGAAUCCGAAUCCUCUAUCCCUUUCGGUGAUCAGCGAGUCGGCAGUCUCAGCUCAAAAAUCCCAAGUGCCAAAAUCAUGUCUCACAGUCGAGGCCAGGAGGAGCAUUACUCUAGUAGUCAAACCUCCAAUGGGGGCAAUCGUCACUUAGAGAUGACCACUGCUCCUAAGGAGGGACUCUCUGAAAGUCCAGAGCUACAAAAAAAGCUCUCUGAAAAGUCACACAGUUUUGGAGAAUUCAACACAUCUGGAACCAUACAGUCUCAUUCAGAUUCCUCCCGAUCUCACAGCCCAAGCUCCACGGAGCCAGAUACGCCUUCUCCAGGCACAGACUCCAAGUACAACUCCAAGAGCACCCGUAUCCCACAGCUGGCAGGGAAGAAACCCGUGGGAGAAGAAGACAGCGGUUCAACAGGAGAGGAGACUGACUCAGGCCCCGGCAAGAAGAAGUUCCCUCUGAAAAUCUUUAAGAAACCAAAGAAAUAAAGGAGAGGAUUUGUCCUGUGGAGCAAAGGAACACAAUUGUGGUGGCCGAUGUAAGCUGCAAGCUUUACUUCUGGCACCUUGUGAUGAUAUAUGCAACUGGAGGAGCAGUGAUGGGUGUGAGCCAGGAUUACAGUUCUCCCCAGCUCUCCCAAGGGGGUCCCCAGUAUAUACAAUCAGUAUUGACACCAGGACGUGGGAGACUGUUUAUACUCAUAUUUAUUUUGGGGCUGCUGGCUGAACACAUUUCUUAACACCCCUCCUUUUUGUCUCUCCCUCUUGUAAAGGGCAAUUCUCGCUUUGCUAUGCAUGGCUUCUGGGAAAUAUCCUCCCUUUGCCACUAAACCAGCACCUUUAUAAGGGCAUUGAUUUUUAUCAGGAACAGGGGAAAAUGUCAUUUGUGGUGGGAAGAGUAGGUUUUAUUUUAUGAGGGAUAUGUUUGUAUUUUAUUUUCUUUCCUCUUUUUUUUUUUUUUUGUUCCCUUGCGUUUUUCUGUAUUAUUUGCUUCUAAUGGGCAUGCAUAGAAAAUUAAAAAAAUCUAAUAAAAAACAUUAAAAGAUGAA